AGCACGCCGGUGUAUCCUUCUUUACUUUUCUGUAUCGGAACCGUUUUUUCAUGGCCGACAAGGAGAGGUUAAAUGUUAAUUAAAAAGGGAUUCACUUGGGCGUUUUUGACAAUAUGUCUGUUUUCAUGUUCGACACUUUCCACUGGACACGGGAAACAGAAUCAAGGCGAUCGCAGAAAAAAAGAGUCUCAAAACGACUUAAAACAGCUGUGCUCGAAAGAGCUAGGGAAUCCUGAAAUGGUGCUGAUUUCAGGUGCCCAGAAAAAUGACCUUAACCUGGAGCCCCUUAAUGUCGCGAUGGCACCUGAUGAGGUAUACCAGACCAAAGCAGGCGAGAAACCAAUCGUUAUAUCCGUAAGCAACGAUAAACAGGUUUUAUCCGAAGAAAAUCGGAUACUACCCAAUCCAAUUUUGGUCAACGGAGGCAGCGUAGUUGAUUUAGACUUUUUGCGCCAAACCUUGUUCGGCAAUUCCUCUCUAGGGAAACACUCUGGAACGAGACCUGAUUUCAGAACAACCAACGCAACAACACCAUCAAAGAAUUCACCGACUGAGGCAAAAUCAGGAGACCUAGGUCAGCUGAAAAGGAACGAGAUGAGACCCACUUUAGCUGCCCUCUACAGGGAUGAAACCGCCCUUGAUGCCGCAAAAAGCUCCUCGGACACUCUCGACCAAAGUUUGUCCAGUGACCAACUUCUCUGCAUCAUUUUUAAACUCCUGUCCAUGUACAAACCCAAUGUCACAGGCCCUGAGACCAUUGCUGGAUCCAACUUCCAAGAAACUUCCGACUUGGAAAACCCAUUGACUCUGAGGCCUACCAAUAAAUUACCGCUCAACAUGGCACGAUCAAAGUUUUCCGACGCACAGCAGUACAAAACCCCUCUGCUAUACCAUCAUUUCCACCCCUCUGAUUUCCCCCAUAGUGAUAUUACAACGGAGCAGAAAUCAGGGAAAAGGUACCCUCAGGGUCCCUCAGCUGGUAAAGCUGCUGAAAUUCUGGAUGAUAUUCCACUGAUAAAAACCUUCAACAAACACACCCCUAGUCUGUCGGAUGAAUUAGGGAUGAAUAUUUCGUUCCCUGCCUCCGAGUCUGACUUAGGCAUCCCAUUUAGAAAUCAUAAAAAAGAAUUUUUGGACAGGGCUUCCCGAAUCAGAUCACACGAUGUUAAAAGUCACGACAGUGUAUUGAGAGAGCUUGCUGAGCUCUCACACGAAAUCCCAGAGAAAAAAUUUCCUUUGCCUGCGGAAACUUUGGGUCUUUACUCGAGACUCUUGGAGCAAGUUCAGGAUAAGAAUCCUUCGCAUCAUCUUGACAAUCUAGAAUCAACGGGGAACUUGAUAAAAACUUUAUCACACAUUCAAAGAGCUAACUCCCACGGCGAUAAUCGAACCGUAAUUUUCCCUGAGCUUGAUUUUUUUUCAAGUCAUCAGCAAAAACAUCCGGACACCAUUAACUUUUUACGAAGUGUCCAUCAGAAGGAGAGAUCGGGUGUGAAGAGGACGAAAGAACCGCACUCUAUUCUGUCGGACGUGGUGACCCAGGAUUUGGACCCUCUGAAUUCCUACAGCUGGGAUCCUUUCGAGACGGAUCUUCGAUCAACGGCACAGAUUAAGGGGAAAAAACAUAAAGAAAGACAGCGCGGCAAAAAAAUUCGUUUGAAAUUCAAGAAGCGAUCCAAGGAGGAACGAAGAAAGAAAACCCAUGAUUUAGACUUCCUAGACUUAUUGAGUAAAUCAAUGAUUCGGGAAUCCAGAAAUUUUAUUGGGAGAAUUUGACACGAUAUAAUUCAAUCAAAAAUCCCUAGUAGCAGUGGCUGUAGGGAAAAGUUG